CAUUAAUGACGUGAAUUUGUUUGUUUACAAAAAUAUAAAGAUAAAAUAAUUGAGAAAUUCAUUUUAAUUAAGUUUCCUGGUUUAAAAUGAUACCUCCACUUGUAACUGGAAUAUCACCAAAAGAAGGGCCUGCUGGAACGAAAAUUACAAUAAGAGGUGAAAAUUUGGGACUACGUGCUAAUGACUUAAUAUCUGUACAAAUAUGUGGAGGAGAGUGCUCAUUUGAAUGGCAGUCAAAGAAUAAAAUUAUCGCAAGAACUGGAAUUAAUGGAGUUAAAGGUAAAGGCGAUGUGAUAGUCACAACAAGCAGUGGAGGCGUUGGAAAUUGCACAGUUCAGUUCAGAACAUAUGUAGAGUCUAUUGGACCACUUAAAGAGUCUGCUGUUUGGGUUGAGGAAACUCCAAUUCAGUCACUCACAUGGGGUCAGAGACGAAUGGUUACAUCAAGUUAUCAUAGUCAGGAAGAUCCAUUGAGUUUAUCGAUCGAAGGAAAUGACAAAAAGUUCACAGAAGAUUUACGUGAAAUAUUUCCUGAAAAUAGUGGAGAUUUAUCAAGAGAGAAUUUCUCGCCUUACUGGUUCCUAUUAGAGAAUCAUCAUGCAACAUCAUUUGAUGACUUAAAAGCUGGAUAUUCGUAUUUAAAAAGGAAAGUUGAAGGACAGAAAGAAGGUCAAUUAAGCUUCCUUAAAACUCAUGUUGGUGCUGUGAUUGAUCAAUUAGAUACCAUGAUGAAAUUAAAGGAUAAGAUUGAUAACAAUGGCGAAGUUGAAAUUGCCGAAAGAAUUCAUAAUCUUCAAGGAACAAUCUCGCAAUCAAUUGAUUCAUCUCAUGCUUUAUUCGAUGAUGUUUUAAUGCGUCGAGAAAAGGCUGAUAAAUCACGUGCAGCUCUCUCAGUCCUUAAUCGUUAUAAAUUCUUAUUUUGUUUGCCAAUGAGCAUCCAGAAAAAUGCAGACAAUAAUGAAUUUGACAUUAUAGUCAAUGACUAUGCGAGAGUCAAGAAUUUAUAUUCAGGAAAAGUUGACAUUCCAUUAAUUAAACGAGUUUUGAGUGAAAUUGAUGAAAUAAUUUUAGAAGUCAGAAAGAACUUGCACAAUAAGUUAAAGGAAAUGCCACAAGCUGUUGAGCAACAAAAGAAAUUUGUUAAAUGUUUAAUAAAUUUAGAAAUUCAACAAUUUGGAACGAAGCAAUAUGAAAGGUUGAAGAUUAAUGAUCCAGCUUGGGAUUCGUUGUUUUGUCGUGCACGAUAUAUUGAGGAAACAUUUAAAAGAACAUACGAAGAGUUUCAAGAACGGGAAGUGCAAGCUAAAGAAAAUAAUUCCGUUAAACGUGAUCAAAAUUCACUUCCAAUAAGAGUUUUAUUUUGUGAAGAAAUUAAUGAAAUUGCUGCUGGACAAUUUCCAGAUUUAUGGCGAUUGGGACAGUCAUAUUUUACAGGAGAACUUCGUGGCAUUAACGAACCAAAACCUGGAAACUUUAAACAAAUAAUCCUUAAUGUAAUUGAAAAGUUUUGUUGCUACAUUCGAUCAUCAAUUCUUCCCAACUAUUAUCAAAAGUUCUCAUCAGUUCCACCAUGGACUUCAAAUUCAUCACAACAAGCUUUAAUAAGUACUUGGCUACCUACAUGUCUACGCUAUCUACGAAUAACUUAUUCGUCACUAAUUCGCUUAGAUCUUCCAAAUGAAGUUCUUGAUGUUGUUUUAAAGCUUAUCGAUGAGCUACGAUUGUUUUGCUUGCUUACUAUUCUCAAAAAGUCAAUUGAUAAAGUUAAAAGACUUGACGAGAAGGAAGGAUGGGACAUGAAAGUUGAGGAAUUUCCAGGUGCAACAGCUUUGCCUGAGAAGUUUGAAGAAAUCUUAGCCGAAUCACUUGACGAAGGACAACAAAUGUGUUUGCAGCUGGAAGUAAGGGAAAAUCCAUUAUUUGAUGGCAUUCAUAAUUUAGAAGGAUAUCAUGAAGUAUCAAAGAUUAUUGAAACAGCUUUAGGAUGUUUUAGUACAGUUAUCGAGGAAUUGGCAACGCAAAGAUCUGAUGAUGAAAUUCAUCCUUUACCAAGACACAAUAUUACUGGAUUUCCAGUGAAUACUUCCUUAAAUGACUCGAAAUCCACAGCGAUUUCUACAAUAACAAUAACAUGGGAGCAUCGACUACUUUACUGCUUAGCUAAUGCUGCAUAUUGCAAUAAAAUGUUUAUUAAUAAUUUGGGAAAUUUAUUUACUAAAUAUGGAUAUCCGAUUCCUAAAUUAGCACUUGAAAAUGGACGAUCAAAUAUGAAUAUGGUUUUUGCUAAUCUCCUUGAAAUUUAUGUUGAAUUAAAGAAUGACACAAUUGUGUCUCAUAUCGAGCCAAGCAUGUUCUCGUCAGAUAACUUUUCAUGGAAUACGAUUGAGAAAUGUGAUAAGUUAAGUUUUUGGGCUAAUCAGUGUCUUGACAAUAUUGUUGGAGUUUAUUUGGAGAUAUUUGCUGUUUCACCAUUCCUGUUACGUCCAAUUCUAGAGCAAAUAAUUCAAACAAUUGCUGAAGAGCUGUCGAGACUUAUGAAUAGUGUUGAACAGUUUAACAAUUGUGGACGAGUGCAAGCUAUACUUGAUAUCAAAAUGAUAAGAGACUCACUUAAGCUUUACAACAAUGAACGAGCAAAAUUGUCUUUUAAUGAAGCUAUGGACGCAAUACCCAAAUUAAGCAAUGAUGAGAAUAGAUAUGUUGAUGAGCUCCUAAAAAGCAUUAAGAUCCAAAGGAGAAUUCAAUUGAUGUGUUUAAAUGUUGUAAAUCCAUCAUAAAAAUAAAUUAUUAUAUAAUCAUGCUUAUGCUUUAUUACAUUUAUUAUUAUAUCCAUAAUAUAUUUAAUAUUAACAUAGCUUAUAUCUGUAAUAAAAUUAUGUUUAAUUGAA